AUGACACAUAAUGAAAAUGCGGAAGAAGAAUUAUUGCAAAUGGAAGAUGAUUUCAAUGAGCAAAGUGAGGAAAUUUCACCUACAAAAAAUGGGCAAAGUGAGGAAACUUCAAGUGCUAGUACUAAGAAAAGGAAACGUAAAGUUGAUCUUUUCAUUGAGGAAAUAUCUAAAGCCGCCGCGUUACUCGGCAAAAAUCUUCGAGAAGCAUUGACCACCAUGUCUCAAUCUUUAAAUGCUGAAGUGGAAUUACAAAAGAAAACUUCUAUGGUGACUUCUGAAAUUUUGAAGAUUCCAUCAAUGGAUCAAAAGGAUAAGUUUAAAGCAAGUCGAAAGAUAAUGCGCGAGCCGGAAGCAGUGUUGACUUUUUGGAACUUGGAAGGUGAAGCACGUGAAACUUUUGUGAAUCUCAUGUUGGAAGAAUGA